AUGAAGGCCACGAUGUCCCACUGGAGUAGAGUACUGCGUCGACUGCACAAGCGCAGAAAGACCGAGCACGUCGUGAGCGAGACCGACCAAGUGGUCUUGACGCUGCCGCUGCCGAUUGCCAAUCCCGGGCCUAUCACACGUGACAUUGCCGUGCUUCGAGUGUAUAACCCCAAGGUCUCAAGCAUGGACGACCGACACUUUCACAAGGCACAUCAUACGAAUUCGAGCACUGAUAGCUCGCAGAGAUGGACAACCGCCGACGAAGGCUCAACAGCCAGUGAUCCGACGGCAUGGGGCUCCAACUUUUGGGUCACUAUUAUCGAUCCCCAGACACAGAAUCAUUUUUACGCGUGUCCUGCGACAGGCGAGUGCAGUUGGGAUCCUCCAGCAGGUAAUUUCGUGCUGCCCCCAUCGAGCGAAGGAGAGUGGUGGGAGCUACAAGACGAGUCGCGGUCACUGCCAUACUACUACCACACACGCACUGGCGAGACAUCAUGGACACGACCCAAAGGAGCGUUUAUCAUCCCCCUCGGCAUUGUGCAGACAACAACACUCGGUCGACGGCUCAGUCGUACGCACCAUCCGGUCGGAUCUGUGGCCUCGACCUCUGUCUCUACGAUCCCAGAGGAAGAGCCAGCCAAGUCUCGCGCGCGAUCGAGUUCUGCCAGCAUGCGUCGCACGACUUCAGACCACCUACGGCCCCACAUAUCCUCUCUCCCGCCUAUUCCUUCGUCCCCCCAUAAUUCUGCUUCUGCAGUCGACAUCUCAGCCAAUCAGGAUGGCCGACUCGACCCUGGAAAGCCAGCGCGUACCCGCACGGUAUCUACUGGUGCUCGUAGCGUGGGCCGGUCAGGCGGAGCAUCUUAUCUACAGGGCCAGACAGAACACUCACUUGAUGCUGCUGCUGCGGGAAUCGUCUCAUCUGGCUCUCCAGAUUCCAAAGUCGUGCCUGGCGAGUUUGCAUCCACCACGCGAAUGGUCGUACCUGACAAGGAAAAAGAGAAAUCUCCGAGCCCGCGUAACAAGGGGAAAUGGGUUCCCCCACUAAGUCCUAAAGACAAGGACGGCAAGCCCAAGCCGAGCAAUAAGCGAGAAAAGGAACCAGAGAGCGAUGCGAGCGAUGUUGACCUGCACGUCGCCGGUAACACAGGCAAAACAAGCUCGGGCGGUAUCAGUGCGAACGCGGCGGAUGGGAUCCCCAGUGGAUUGGGUCCUCCGCCCUCGAUGCGGCCAAUGUCUGAACAAAUUGUCCGACCCCAGGCACAAGUCGACGACCCGGCUCCUUCGCGCGUUACGUUUGACGCAGGUCCUCGUCCAACAAUGGAUACGGCCCAUCAUUCAGUUGACACGACUCAAACACCCGAAUACGCCGUGCAUUCACUUUCUGCCGAUGUCAAGCUCCCUCGCAUGAGCGCCCGCGACCUCAAGAUAGGAAAUCCCAUCCUGGAUCCAGAGGCUGCAGCUUCCAUGAGCCCCAUUAAUCGCGAACGAACCAGGCCCAUUCCGGUUGAAGCAAUGGGUACCAAACGUCUCAGCACUGGAGAUCAUCGCAUGCUUCCUCGUCAGCUGGCGGAAGACAUCCAGCAAUUCCAGGUCUCGGAUUUUGCUCGGCGCUAUUUCUCGACGCACCGAACCGGUCUCAUAUUCCGCCGAAGGGUGCCCGUUGAACAGCUGAUGGUCUGGCAAAAGCAACCCCUUACGUCUCCGCUCUUGAUCCUCAACCGCUCGUUGCACAAGAAUGCAGUUCUUGUCUUCAAGGUUAUACAGCGUAUCAUGGGGGACCGCGAGCGUGAUCGCCCAGUAGGCGUACGAGUACCCACAUCCGAAUCCUUGCUCAGUUCAAAUUCGUCUCUGAAUGAUCCGAGCAUUUCACCAGGAAGGCGAAGCAAAUCUGGUUCCAAGCCCGGAGCUACGGGUGGAAAGUCCGGUGGCCUAACUACUGGUGACGUCCUAGAAGAGGAGCGGUGGUUAUUAGCCGAAGGGAUUGAACACGGCGAACUGCGAGACGAGAUUUAUUGUCAAGUUGUCAAGCAGCUGACGGACAAUCCCAGUCCGGAGAGCGCGUUCCGGGGCUGGCAACUGCUCUGCGUCCUAUUGGUCACAUUUCCUCCUUCUAAGAACUUUGAAGGUUACCUCCGCUCGUUUAUGCUCUCCAAGAUCAAGCAGACCGAGGGUCGGAUCGAUGUCAUGGCCAAGUAUUGUCUUCAUCGUCUGCCGGUGAUCGCGAAAAAGGGCCCGAGGGGUAAACCUCCUACCGCAACGGAGAUCACCAAUGCAGCUGACUCUGCAUUUAAUCCUUCCACAUUCGGAGAAUCUCUCUCGGCCAUCAUGAGACUUCAAGAACGUACCUAUGCAGAUAGCAAAGUCCCCAUCAUCCUUCCCUUUCUUGCAGACGGUAUCCUGGCACUCGGAGGAACCAAAUCGGAGGGUAUAUUCCGUAUUCCGGGCGAUGCAGAUGAAGUCUCCGAUCUGCGGGUUAGAAUUGACAAAGGGUUCUAUAACCUUGAAGGAAUCGACGAUUGUAAUGUGCCCGCAAGCUUAUUCAAGCUCUGGCUCCGAGAACUUCAGGAGCCGCUCAUUCCCGCAAAUAUGUACAAUGCAUGUAUCCAGGCGGCCGAAGAUCCCGAGCGGGUCGUUGCGCUCGUCAAGGAGCUCCCGACAAACAACCGUCGAGUGCUAUUGUUCGUGAUUAGCUUCUUGCAGCUAUUUUUGCCCGAGAGCGUGCAGUCGGUGACCAAGAUGACGAGCGCGAACAUGGCGUUAGUCAUGGCCCCGAAUCUCCUUCGGUGUGAUUCCGAGUCGAUGGCGGUGGUGUUUACGAAUGCGAGGUUCGAGCACAUGUUUGUGCAUAAUUUGCUAUGCCAUUUAAAGUGCAGCAAGGUUGAUCCCGAUUAUGUGCCUAUUCACGGGUUGGGGGCGAGUAGUAGCAAGGGCUCGUUGGGUCAACGAAUGUCCCAGCGACCGCGAACAAAGAGCAAUGUCCAUCGCGAAUCAGCCCCGCUCGGCCACACGUAA